UCGUGAAUCGUGAUCUUCUGUUCUGUCAAGUCACAUGAAAACGAAAACAACUCGGCCUUAGCGCUUUGAAAAUGUCAGGUUGCUUCGAUAACUUUAAUUUUCCAGCCUGCGAGUGGUUUGAGGGCGGUGACAGGAAAAAUGCCUUUGCUUCCAUAAUAUCAGGAAUCCUGUUUUUCUCUGGAUGGUGGAUAAUCAUUGACGUAGCAGCAGCUUACCCUGACUCCGAAACGUUCAACCAUGCCUACCAUGUCUGUGGUGUCGUUGGAACGAUUUCUCUCUUUAUGAUCAACAUCGUCUCCAACGCCCAAGUUCGUGGUGAUGCAUACACGAAUGGCUGCAUGGGUCCCCGCGGAGCUCGAGUCUGGCUUUUCAUUGGUUUUGUGCUUGGAUUUGUCUCGGUGUUCGCUGCCUGCUGGAUCCUUUUCGCUGACUUUGUUCCUGAUAGCAAGAAGUCAACAUAUCCUGGCGUGGGACUGUUCUUGCAGAACAUUUUUAUUUUUGUGGCAUCGCUUCUUUUCAAAUUCGGCAGAUCUGAAGACAUGUGGGGAUAGGUGCGCUGUAUUAUCUUUUUUAAGAAUUUCUCUCUGUAGACUUAAGUAUGAAUCACUGAUAUAAUUUGUAAUGUUCUCAUGUCUGCUCUGUAUAAUUGUGGUCUCAUUCACUAAUAAAUCGCAUACUUUCGUUGCUAACUU